UCCCUUGACCAAUGGAUCCCUCUGUCCACGAGAAGGCUCACCUCAAGCGCGGAAAGGCCUGCUAUCACUGUCGAACGCGGAAAACGCGGUGUGACGGUGCGCUCCCGUCGUGCGGGCCUUGUGUGCGCUCAGAAUGCGAAGACGAUUGCGAAUACGUUUCCCUCGGACAGAAGGCGAGGGUGCAGAUCCUUCAGGAGCGGAUUACGGAGGUAGAGGCAAAAAUACGACGUCGCGCAAACGACAAGCCUCAAUCUGCAUCGAAGAGAAAGGAGAAGUCGAGAGACGCGUCUCUUUCCGCGUCAAUCCCCCCAUUUUCGAGGAGCUCAUCAUCGAUGUCGUCUUUGCCUUGUGCUAGCUCUUCAGCUUAUUCCCUCUCGCCCCGAAGCCCCCCUUCGCUGUCCUCGGCCUCUCCUUUCUCCCCUCAAGCACGAGAUCAUAUUGAGCAUUUCCCCCCAGAGGCUUUCACUGAAGUAAUUCCGCUGCAUGUAGCCCACGUCUUCUGGGACACUUUUUUUGCACACGCGACCGACUUUUGCUUCUUUCUCGACGAAGUCCUGACCAAGUUCCGCCCCAUCGCUGGUCACCCGAGCUGUAUGAGUCCGGCACUUACAGCCACUAUCUACCUGCUCUCCGCGCAUCUCCUGGCACAUCCGAGCAUGGACAAACUGGAGUCCUUCCUCGUUUCCACUGCGUGUAAUCUGUUGCCGAAGGAGCUUGCAAUGCCGACUGUCAACGUCGCUGAGCUUCUGCAGGCGGAGCUGCUGCUGGCCCAAUAUUUCUUUGCUCGGGGCCGUUACACAGAAGCCCGCUUUCACAUGUCCGUAGCCUUGGGUCUGGCGUUUGGCUGUGGGCUCCCCGAGCAAGUGUGUCCUGGCCUCGAUCCAAUACGAUCUCGGACAGCCUAUCUCUUCCUACUAUCCCUGGACAACGCAUGGUCUACAGCGCUGGGCUACGCCCCUCACGAGCCGCUCUCUUCGGCUCUCCGUGAUUGCGAAUGCAAAGUAUUGAACGAUGUCUGGUCGACAUCCGGUUUUCCGGGGCAUGCCGUUCUUCUCACGAAGUCCGUUUCUCUCUGGCAGGGCGUAGAGGCAUUAAUCACCACACCGAUGCAAUUCGGCGAUCUCCUGGAGCGAUCGGAGAAUCUCGAGAAGUUGAUUCAGUUAUGGUUACUGGAGCUGGAUGACUACGAGGCUGGAAACCGGGACGGUGGAGCCCUCAGCCGCGUGCUUCUUUUUGCGGGAACCAUCACCCACUACGCGUUCAUGAAACUGCGCAGAUUGGUAUGGGCUCGUAAGACACCGGAGGACUUCUUGCAUUCCGCCUGUGCGAUCGUGCACAAAGUUAUCGCCGCAGUGGAGAAAGAACAAAUCACGUACAUGAACCCACUCAUGGGGAUCGAAUUUGGACGGCAGACGGACGCAGUUUAUUCCUUGGACGCGAUGCCGGGUGACCGGGACUAUGGGAAUCUUGCCGUCGAGAGCCAUGGGUCAGAUGAUCUGCUCCGUCCCGGCAGCUGGGCAGAAGCCGUGCUCUGA